CUGCGGCGUGAAGACCCAUCCCCGUUGCUCCCGACGCCCCCGGCACUAUGCCCCCCAAGAAACCCGAGCCCAAGAAGGAAGCAGCUAAGCCAGCCCUCACCCCCGCCCCGGCUCCCGAGCCCCCCAAGGAACCUGCCUUUGAUCCCAAGAGCGUGAAGAUUGACUUCAACGCGGAACAGAUCGAAGAGUUCAAGGAGGCCUUCUCUCUGUUCGACCGGACGGCCACCGGGGAGAUGAAGAUCAGCUACAGCCAGUGCGGAGACGUCCUUCGCGCCCUGGGCCAGAACCCCACCAACGCCGACGUCCUCAAGGUCCUGGGAAAGCCCAAGCCCGAAGAGAUGAACACGAAGACUCUGGACUUCGAGACGUUCCUGCCGAUGCUGCAGCACAUCUCCCGCAGCAAGGACCAGGGCACCUAUGAGGACUUCGUGGAGGGGCUGCGCGUCUUCGACAAGGAGAGCAACGGCACCGUCAUGGGUGCCGAGCUCCGACACGUCCUCUCCACUCUGGGGGAAAAGAUGACGGAAGCCGAAGUGGAGCAGCUUAUGGCCGGGCAGGAGGACGCCAAUGGCUGCAUCCACUACGAAGCUUUUGUCAAACACAUCAUGUCUGGCUGAAUUUCCAGGGAACCCAAGGAAGAGAGGAAAGGCCUGCAGGUGCUGAGGCUGGAGCUCAAACCCCUGGGUUCCCAGCUUGGAACAUAGUGUGUCAGUAUCCACCAGCCACAGACUCAAGGACCGCCCCCCAUCCCAGCCCCCAGCCUGGCUAAUAAAGAGCACCCCAGGUGCCCCCAAAUCCA